AUGGCAACCGAGAACGCGCCUCUCCUCAUGGCCAGAGCAAGCUCCCCCGACCACCAGGCCCUGUACGACCCGACCCACCCAGACCCCUACGCCGACGACGACAACAUGGGCGCGCACGACCCGUCUCAUGGACACGUGUUCGCCGGGUCCCGCAUCGGAUACUACGCCGCGGCGACGGGGAUGCACUGGACCGCACUGGCGCGCGGCGUCAAGAGCCAAGUGGGCAGGCUGGUCCAUGGCGACACCGAGACACGAAAGGUACCAGAAUCGACGGGGUUGGUCGGCAAGCAUUAG